AUGGUAAACCAUCAUCAAACACACAGUGUGCAAAAAUCCCUAGAGUUCAAAGAGAGGGGUAACAAAUGCUUUCAGACUGGUAAUUUUAAAGAUGCAGAAGCAUUUUAUACAGAAUCAAUUAAAUAUGACCCAAAUAAUCCAGUUCUUUACACGAAUCGAUCAAUGGCGCUUUUGAAACUAUCUCUAUUCAACCGGGUGAUUAGCGAUGCUGAACAUGCUAUCUCUCUUUUGCCUCAGAAUAUGAAAGCUUAUUUUCAGCUUGCGCAAGCUCAGCUAGCUCUUGACAGUUCUUUUGAUGCGCUACUAUCAGCAGAGAAAGCUCAUAAACUAUGUCUACAUGAAAUACAAGUCGGGGGCAAGGGUGGUAGUAGCAUUGGUCCGAUUACUGAGUUAGUUUUGAGGUGCAAGAAGAUAAAUUGGGAGAGAAAGGAGUGUGAAAAAGAGAAGAAGCGCUGUAAGCUUCUAGCGGAAGUGAUUAGUGGAUUGGAAGGUUCACGAGAUCGAGAAAUGGACCAACUUAGGAGUCUAGGUGAAGAUGAAUCUACCAUUAAGGAUGUCCACGAAAAGUAUGAUAGUAUGGUAGAAGAAACAAGAAAGAUAUGGGCAUCAGCUACUGGGGAAAGAAAAAGAGAAGUCCCGGAAUGGUGCGUGGACAACAUAACAUUUUCGGUGAUGCUUGAUCCAGUCGUCACAAAAACUGGACAGUCUUAUGAUCGCUCAUCUAUCAUGGAACACCUAAAACGUUCGAAAACAGAUCCACUGACGCGUGAACCUCUCCGCCUGGAAGAUCUCCGACCUAACUUAGCAUUACGUUCCGCCUGUGAAGAGUUUCUGGAAGAAAAUGGAUGGGCGGUGGAUUGGUGA